AUGGCUUUUAUAAGGGUCUCUUUCAUUAUGAAAGAAGUGAACAUGGGUUGGGCGUUUCGGGGAUUCCAUAUUAAUGUAGCCAAUUUCAUGUUUGCUUGUUUGUACCUUCAUAUUUGUCGUGGGUUAUACUACGGCUCUUUUCGCUUAUACAAGGUGUGGGUCAGGGGAAUUGUGCUGUUCCUUCUCGUAAUGUUGACAGCAUUUACAGGGUAUGUUCUCCCUUGAGGUCAGAUGUCGUAUUGGGCUGCUCAGGUAAUUAGAAGGAUAGUUACCGCUAUCCCCGUAGUGGGGGGGGAUGUUGCUAUGUGGGUAUGGGGCGGAUAUGCCGUUGGAAAUAUUACCCUGAAACGUUUAUUUAGGGUUCAUUUUCUUCUUCCUUUUAUUAUUCUGGCAGUGUUCUUCUUACACUUAAACUUUCUUCAUGAGAGGGGCUCAGGAAAUCCCUUGGGGGUUGACACGGAUUGCUGUCUAGUCCGGUUCCACAGGUUUUUUACAGUAAAGGAUAUAGUGGGGGUUAUGGGGGGUUGUGCUCUUUUGUGUUUUAUAAUUGCUUUUUAUCCCUAUAUGCUGGUAGAUGGGCAGAAUUUUGUUAUGUGUGAUUAUAUAGAUACCCCUAAAAGAAUUCAUCCAGAAUGGUACUUCUUAUUUGCGUAUGCAAUUCUCCGCUCUAUUCCGAACAAAAUCGGGGGGAUUUUACUAAUGCUGUCUUCUAUUAUGAUCCUAUUUGUGAUUCCUGAGCUUUGGGUUGGCAAAAUAGAAUCCUUAGGUAACUAUGUUUUUUGUCAGUGGUUGUUUUGGUUUUGGGUUGCCAAUUUUCUUAUUUUGACUUUUGUUGGAAGGCAGGGGGUAGAUGAGCCUUUUGCCCGGGCGGGGGAGCUCAGGACUGCUUUUUACUUUGCUUUCUUUCCGCUGUUGGGGGUAGUGCAGCGGUACGAAGACUUUGUAAUUCGAAGAAUUAGAAAGGUGAGAAAUGGAGAGAAGUACGAUUGGAUGGAUAGGGUCCUUGGGUGAAAAGAGGAAGAGUUAGAUGAUGAAGAAGACUUUGGUCCCACCCGGGGGGGUUUUGGCGAUAAGCUAAUAAGAAUAGAAGAGGCUAAUAAUUUGAUAAUGUUGGAGCCGUACUGCUGGGGUGGCGAGCGUCGUUUUUUAAAGGAAAACUAA